UACUAAAAGUUAGGGUAAAAAGUAAACGAAAAUCAAGAAUCACAAUCCCACACACUGGUUCUGUUAUAUGCAAUUCAAACUCCUCCAUCAGAUUGAUUCUCAGAGUGAAUGACAAUGGGGGUCUCCUUCAAGGUCUCGAAGAAGGGUACUCGUUUUCGCCCCAAACCUAAACCUGAUCUUCCACAAAACAACAACGACGACGUCCACGCUCCUCCUGAUGAAACUCUCACCACCAAACCCUCGGUUGAUGUUGCCGAGAAUGGCAAAGAUGAUUCUGAAAUAUCAGAUGCUGAUAUUUCUUUCUUCAUAAACCUCUUUCCUGAUGGAUAUUCAAUCGGAAACCCUUCUGAGAAUCGGAUUGCCGUACAAGAUGAUCCAAAGUUCUUGCACCCAUAUGAUCGGACAUCAGAGAGCCUAUUCUUGGCUAUUGAGCGUGGCCUGUUACCUGCUGAUUUCUUGGAUGAUAUACCAUGCAAAUAUAUUAACGGAGCGGUUGCUUGCGAGGUGCGAGAUUAUAGAAAUUGUGCUUCUGAACCCGGAGUUAACGGUUCUUCUGCAGAUUCUUCAUCCCCUAUUACUACCAAAAUACGUCUUAAAAUGUCAUUAGAGAACGUGGUUAAGGACAUCCCUCUGAUCUCCGAUAGUUCUUGGACUUAUGGUGAUUUGAUGGAAGCAGAAGCCCGCAUUUUGAUAGCCCUACAUCCGAAGCUAGAUAUCGACCCGACUCCCAAUCUUGACCGACUCUGCAGGCCCCCAACUUGCACAAAUCUAAACUUGAAUAUACGGGAACUUAGACGGAAGAGGUUGAGGCAGAUGACGGGACCAGACAAUUCGGUCCAUGGGAAGAAAGUUUGCAUGGACCGGGUCUCGGAAAACCCAAGUUCAAGCCUGAUGAUGCAGCCGACUGAUCUUGUGAAUCUGACUACCCAAAACGUAGCUUAUCAAUCCAAAUAUCAAACCGGGGCUGGAAACACUAGAGUUAUGCAGGAUCAUGGACCGGGGCCUGUGCAAGACAUGAUGAAUUCGUAUCCCGACGGUAUGAAUACGAAUAUGGGUAAGAGGGAAAACCAAGAUGGUCCGUUGUCUCCUAUGACCGGUUUGAGUAAAAGAGCUAGGUCAAAUUCAAUGGGUCAAAUUCAAGAUGGAAGUCAACAACAAAUGGACGGAUUGAAUUCACUGAUGCAGCAUCAGCAGAAUCAGCAAUCGAUUGGGAGAGGGAUGCAGUUACCAUAUAAUGCUGCGGGAAUACAAAAGUAUCCGUUUGACGGAAGCUUCAAUCAGGAACAGUUUACAAUGGGUCAAUCCGGAAUGAGAUACAAUCUAAAACAAGAGCCUGUUGACCCUGAGUUAAAUCGAAAUAUGCAUAUGGUGGAUUCAGAUGUUGACCCACGGAUCCAGCAACAACAGAGGCUGACUCAGCAGUUCGCACGAUCCAAUUUCCCGCCAACUCCAUGGAACAACAACACAAUGGAUAAUUCAAGAAAAGAGGAACAGUUUCAAAGAAGAAAAUCCGCACAAAGUCCACGUGUAUCUUCUGGGGCGUUGCCUCAAUCUCCGUUGUCGUCAAAAUCAGGUGAAUUUUCCAGUGGGUCCCACGGUGGACAGUACGGUGCGCCGAUGGGAUCAUCUCAAAGGGACAAGUCAGCGGUCACCUCAGUUUCGAUAGCUGGUGGGGCCGGAUCGUUGACGUCUAACGCUCAAGCGGCAGCUAGGAGAUCAAAUUCUCUCCCGAAAACCCCUGCUACUAUGAGUGGGGUCGGUUCGCCUGCUAGUGUAGGUAACAUUAGUGGGCCCGGGCCCUUUAAUGCCGCCAGUCCUCUUGUUGGAAAAGAGGCUGAUAAAAGCAUGCGUGAUAGAUUUGCGAAAAUCGAAGCGUUGACCGUCAGGUAUCAGUUAAACUUGAAAAAGAAUAAGGUUGACGAAUACAGUACGAAUAUGGCGUUUUCUACUCAACAGUUGAAUCAUCAUCUUCUUAAUGAUCUCAAUACCGAAAACCCUAAAGAUGAAGACUGUAAAAUGCCCCUGUCUAAAUCGCUUGUCGGAGGGAGCAUGAAUGUUUGCAAGACCCGAGUUUUGAAUUUCGUGCAGACAGAACGUGUGCUCCAAGGAAACGGGUUCACCGUUGUGCCAAAAGUAAGAACCAGAAUGAUAUUGUCAGAGAAACGAGAUGACGGCACUGUUGCUAUGCACUAUGGAGAAUUAGAUGACUGUGAUUACUUAGCUUCAGAAGAAUGCCUUCCUACACUUCCAAAUACCCAUGUUGCAGACUUGCUUGCAGCUCAGUUUUGCACACUGAUAUCACGUGAAGGUUAUCAUGUUGAAGGCGAUCAUCUCCAACCAAAACCAACCAAUACCGUUCGAUCUUCCGGUGAUCAACAAAACAAUAACACAUCUGGAGUUUUAUCUCCAAAUACCGAAAUGCCAGAAACGGUUUCCGGCCAGACAUCUAAUGAAAUUGCAAAACCGACUGACAGUGGAACAAAUAAUAAUAACGCAUCGGUAAAUUCAUCAGGUGCAAGAAUGCAUCCUCCUGCAAAUUCACAACCGUUGCAGAUCCCUCAGGGCAGCGGGUUAUUGCCGCCAGCACGGCCGCUGCAACCAGAGUCGCAACCGUCGUUCCAACAAAAUCAACAGAUGCAACAACAGAUUCAAAGAUCGUCAGCUAUGAUGCUUGCGUCAAAUUCGUUAUCACAGUUGAAUGUUAUGGGACAGAAUUCAAACAUGCAACAGUUGGGUCAUAUGUUGAAUAAAAGUUCACCGUUACAACUUCAAAUGUUACAGCAGCAACAACAGCAGCAGCAGCAACAGCCGCAAAUGCAGCGGAAAAUGAUGAUGGGGCUCGGGAAUGUUGGAAUGGGUGGUAGUACGGGAAAUAAUAAUAUGGUUGGGCUUCAAGGGAUGGGGAAUAUGAUGGGGGGUAAUCGUGGAAUUUCACCGCCAAUGACGGGUGUGCUUACGGGAAUGGGGAAUAAUAUGGGUCAGAACCCGAUUAAUAUGAAUAUGAAUAUGAACAACCAGGCUUCAAAUAUUAGUAAUGUGAUAAGUCAGCAGCUUAGAUCGGGGAUGAUAACGCCAGCUCAGGCUCAAAUGAUGACGGCGAAGCUUAGAAUGGUACAGAGCAGAAGUAUACUGGGUGGGGCUCAGGGGCAGUCUGGUAAUAUCACUGGGAUGCCCGGUGCGAAUCGGCAGGUGCUUCCAGGGUCAAGUAAUUAUUCGAUGCUGGGUCCCGGUAUGAACCGGGCUACCACUAACACGAUGAAUCCAAUGCAACGGACGGCUAUGGCUCCACCGAAGUUGAUAUCUGGCAUGAAUGUGUAUAUGAAUCAGCAACAACAGCAACAGCAGCAGUUGCCACAUCAGCAGCAGCAGAUGCAUAUGCAACAACAGCAGCAACAGUUGCCACAUCAGCAACAGCAGCAGCAGCAGCAGCAAGAAUCAACAUCCCCGUUACAGGCGGUUCUCUCGCCACCUCAGCAGGUCGGUUCGCCAUCCAUGGGACUACCACAGCAACAACAGCAGGCUAGCCCUCAACAAAUGAGCCAGCGAACCCCAAUGAGUCCGCAGUUGAGUUCCGGUGCGAUCCAACCACCAAUGAGUGCAGGUAAUCAAGAGGCUCUUUGUCCUGCAAGCCCGCAAUUGAGCUCACAGACUAUGGGUUCUGUGAGUAGUAUGACUAAUUCACCAAUGGAUAUGCAGGGUGUUAAUAAGAGUAGCUAGCCCUAAUUCUACUGUCUUUUUCAGAUUUGCUUUUUAAUGUUUUUUUUUUUUUUUUUUCCUCAAGUUUGUCUAAUGGAGGGUAGUAUUUACUAUUUAGGAUAAAUGUAUAUAUGCUUGAACCUGGGACAAUAUAAGGUCUAAUGUUCGCGUAUCAAUGUUCUAUGAUAUCCGACAUAUAGUGUAGAUUAUGUGUUAAAUCUUUAUGGCACCUUUUGGUUGAUCUUAA